AUGCAGGCGACACGCCGAUGGCUUCGGCGGAACAGAACCACCCUUCUAAUCACUGCCGGAGUCGUGGGCGCCGGAUAUGUCGCUGGACAAUAUGUCGUCGGCAAGAUACAGGAGGCGCGGCAGCGCAUGAGUGAGGAUCGGAUAUCCAAGGAGAACCUCCGACGACGAUUCGAGCAGAACCAGGAAGAUUGCACUUAUACCGUCCUCGCCCUCCUGCCUACGAUCCGCGAAGAGAUCAUUGGCGCGCUACCCGUCGAGCAGAUCACGGAGCAAUUACAGCAAGAGCGACAAGAACGGUUGCGGAAGCUGGGACAGUCCGAAGCGGCUUCUUCUGAGCUACCCUCUGGGCCACCCAGUGUCACGGACGAUGCUGCGAGCUUGCAGAGCAGCAGCUAUGUCCAUGCGAGUCAGAUGGUGAGCAGCGGUGGAGAUUCUGGCACAUCAUCAUCGAGGCCGAAAAGGAGUAAAGCGCAGCUAUGGCAGGAGAUGAAGAUACAUUCGGUCACGCGAGCGUUGACGUUGAUCUAUACGGUGUCGCUUCUCACGAUGCUCACGCGGAUACAACUAAAUCUUCUUGGUCGGAGAACGUACCUGUCAUCAGUGGUCGCGCUGGCAUCACCUCCGGCAGCGGUGGAGGAGUCUACGAUAUCGUUAGAGAACAAGGAUGACGACAACUACGAGAACAUGUACGGAAACGACUUUGACACGAAUCGAAAGUACUUGACCUUCUCGUGGUGGCUGUUGCACAGAGGGAGCAAGCAGAUCAUGGAGAGGGUGAUGGGGGCGGUGAAGGAGGUGUUUGGGUCUGUGAAUAUACGGGAGGAUAUCAGCAUGGAAAGACUUUCCGAUUUGAUUAUGCAGGUACGGAGGAAGAUUGAAGGGGCGACGGAGGAGGAGCGGAGGGACAUGAAGUGGUUAUCCUAUCUACUGCCUCCGAAGCAGGAUGAGUCGUACGUCAUUCGACAGUCGACAAUGUCAGAUAGCGAAGAUGUGGCAUCACCAGAAGCGAGCUCCAAGGAGGAUCCGAUGAGCGCAUCCGUGGUAGAAGACUCCGAAAUCAGCGGCUCAUUACGGCGGCUCCUGGACGAGACAUCCGACCUCAUCGAUUCACCCACCUUCACCCACGUCCUGAGUAGACUCCUCGACACCUCCUUUUCACAUCUCGUCGACUACCGCAUUGCUACAGAAGCGUUUGGCAUUACUGGACCACCAGCACCUGGGACAAUGGGCGAGGAGUCCAGGAUAACGGAAAUCAGCGACAAGAAGUGUAAACUCGCACACAUGCUGCCGAUCUUCUGCAAGCAAGCGCACGUCAUCGCAUCAGGAAGUGGCGAGUUCGACGCCAUGGACGGCGCGAUGGGACAGCAGACGCUCGGAAACGAGUACAUCGCCGCCCUAGAUCGCGUGGCAGAACUCGGAGCCUUCGCAGCGGUGAUCUACUCGAGUAACUUCGAGUAUGAAGUACAGGAGAGCGAGAACACGACUGCUGCUUCGUCUGAAGCGAAGCCAUCCCCGCCGGCGCUGGCGUCGAUGGGCGAGUCGCUAGGUCUUCUGGGGUCUGUGGCGCAGGUUGACGAGGCGAGGCCGAAGAACGUCGAGCGGAGUACGUUGGAGGAUAGUGGUUCGGCGCCUGUCAUGGCUGCUGAGGAGAGUGCGCCUGCUGAGGCCGGGCAGGGUGGGUUUGAAGCGGCAUGGAAGAAGGCACUGUCGGAGGAAGAUGGGCAGGGUGGCGGUAGCUAG